UUAGAAAAGUCUAAGGAUUGAAAUUGUUUUAUUCUGUUGAUUUAGAUGUUAAUUGUUUUAUUUUUAUUUCUAUUUAAGUUGAUUACAGUUAUCUUCAACUCUGUCAACUGAUCGUGAUACAUAAAUCAUGGUAAUUAACUGAUAGUCUUUCAGUUUUCUGUCUACAAUUGGGAUUGGACUUUUUUUCUUUUCCUUUUAUUGCUCAUCAUGUUUCCACUAAUCACUAAAUGAGUGUUAACAUUUAAUUUUGUUAUCAAUUAUUUGUUGGUAUUUAUGAUUAGGUGAAUUAUUUCAUUCUAAAUCUUUCUGAUUCAACGUAAUUAUUACAGCCAAUUGUUGGAUCAACAUGGUAACUCAUUUCUUCAUUUACCUCCGACAAUAAGACUUGUCUGAAUAGAGUGAAUCAAGUUAAUCAUUGUCAGUGGAAAAACUCAGAUUCUUGGUGACUAUUGAUGAGGCCUAAGUUUCCUGUUGUUUCCUGGAUGGAAAAUUCAAUCAAUUAUUAUUUAAUUGGAAUCUCAAUGUUCAAAAAAACGUCCAUUCUACUUGUGUUAUCAUCUCAUUGUUCGGAUCAAUUGUAGUUCUUUUUGUCUCUAUCACCAUAUUCUAUCAUCUAUAUAAUAAUAUUCCACUGAAUUUAUGUUUCUAAAUUCUCCCUGAAAUUAUGUCCAUUCUGGAAAUCGAAAAUCCGACAAUUCGAUCAUUUGUCUAUGGUUCUUUUAGUGGAACUUGUUCAACGUUAGCAUUUCAACCCUUGGAUCUGAUCAAGACUCGAAUGCAACGUCAUUCGUUUCUCACCGAACAUCAACCUGGACAAUCAAAGAAAUUGGGAAUGUUCCAAAUUUUGAUCGACAUUGUUCGUAAAGAACAAUUGUUCAGUUUAUGGAGAGGAACAGUUCCCUCUCUCAUUCGCUGUGUACCAGGAGUUGGCAUUUAUUUCGGAACCUUAGAUUAUUUAAAGAAUAGAUUUUGUGAUGAUUCUAAUCAACCCAAACCAAUCGAAGCGAUAAUGUUGGGCUUUACUUCUCGUAUUGUUACUGUUGUCACUCUUUUACCUGUCACUGUGAUAAAAACCCGCUUCGAGAGCGGAUUAUUUUCCUAUUCCAAUGUAUGGACUGCAUUUACCAGAAUCUAUCGAGAUGAAGGUUUGAAAGGUUCAUUUCGAGGAUUAGUACCAACCCUUGCUCGAGAUGUCCCAUUUUCUGGAUUAUAUUACCUCUUUUAUUCACAGUUAAAGUCAACUUUAAUUGACACUGAUUCGAACAAUUUAUCAACACAACAAUUACCUCGUUCUUUCAAAACUUUCAUUGUCGGAUUAAUGGCCGGUCUAUUUGCUUCAACGAUCACUCAUCCCGCCGAUGUGAUAAAAACUCGAGUUCAAAUUCAGCCUCAUCUUAAUUUGAGUCUCUAUCAAAUGAUUAUCCUUACAAUUAAAGACGGAGAUUCUUUCAGAGGUUUAGCUCCACGUGUUAUUAGACGCACUUUGAUGACCGCAUUAACUUGGACCAUCUUCGAGUUUCUCAUUCAUGAAUCUAAAUCGCAAAAGUGAAAAAAAAAUUAGUGAGUAAUCGUAAACAUUUUUUCCUAAUCGAUUAUUUUACUUUUAAGUUUAUAAAAUAAAAUGAGCUCAAUGGAAAA